GAGGACUUCAUUUUCCCAGCAGUUGCUUCAACGGGAAAGCUCAAAAUUGGGACGGCAGUAUCCCGCUCCGAGAUUGAAAAAUUGCUAGACUUCUUUGUUGCAGGUGCCGGGCUUCUCCGCGAACGACCAGGGAAGUUCACUACUCAUUGCUUUCGUCGCGGCGGUGCUCAGUGGUGCUUUAUGUGGCGGCCGGAUCGCAAAUGGAGCCUGAAAGCUGUGAAAUGGUGGGGCGGUUGGGCCCCAUCCGAGAGUGUG